UUUUUAACGGUGUGCGCGUAUUUUCACAAAAAAAUUAAAAAUCGUAAUAAUUUUUUUUCGAACAAAACAAUUUUCCUCGAAUAAUCAUUUACAGUGGAUUUCGAUUGAAAGAUUUGCUAAGAAGAGAUACACCGAGGACAACGCUAAGCAAAAUGGCAUUGACGUUAGCGCUACCGUUAUUCGGUCUAGACCCGGAGCAUUUUUCCACGCUGAGCAUGAAGCUUCUUAAUAUUGAGCGCGACCAAAACUUGAGGAAUUUAUCUGAUUCUGGGCGGACUUCUCCAAGUACCGGAAGUGAAUCUAGCGGCAUCAGCAGUCUCGCAACGUCCGCCGAAUCGGCGUCGGUUGAAUUAACGCCGAUUUCAUCAAGACCAGAGACACCCACUAGAGCACCAUCUCAGAGCAAGAGUCAAGAGAAGACUAUACCACCUGUACGUGUAGUGUACGAAGGCCGCGAUAUACUGAAUUUGGGAGCGAACAUUAGGCCGUCGUUCGACUGGCAAAUGAAAGAUCGAACAUUUUCCCGACACAACAUUCAAGAUUUUAUAACUAAUCGUCUGGUGUAUCAUCGACUACGCGAGCAGCCGCUAACCAAGGAAAAUUUAACGAAACGUUGCAACGAAUGUGAAUUUUGCGAGCCAUCGUCCACCUUUUGAUAUCGACUUAACCGUAACGAAACGAUUAACGACAGCCAAUGUCCAGCGUCCAACGUCAUGGACAACUCAACUGUGAUAGAGCGGAUAAGCGGCAGCCGGAUGGAGACGUAUCGUUUAUCGAGGAACGUGUGGAGAUACUAAUCUAAUAUCUAAGUUGGGACCCCGAAAUGUAAUCUAAAACGUGAAUAUUGAAAUACUUGUAAUAUUCGCGUAAAAUUUAUCGCGUUUAAUUUAUUAUUGAUGAAUUUAUCUAGGAAAAGAUAUCUAGAAUCUGGAUUUUGUAAGAGGUAUACGUUCCCUUGCCGGAUACGGGCUGCAAUAGUCAUUAGUUCUCCAGUUAUGAUAUCGUAAGAUGUGGUUAAAUUACAGCUAAUAAGUUGAUUAUCAGCUAAUUUCAAUAAGUUCGAAAUAAAAAAAAUAAAAAUAAUCGAGAGUCAUUUAAUUUCUAAAUCUUAGACACCAUAGAGACUAUGUAUGAGUUUACAAUUUUUUGUGGUACGGUACGAAAUUAACUCUCACUGCUAAUGUUAAUGUACCUCAUCUUGCGAUAUCUUGUCCUAUUUUCUAUAUUUAACUAUAGCGCAUAUACUGAUGUACUUCAGACAAAUAACGAUGUCGCGGGUAAGAAUGUCAGCGCUUUACAAAACUGUCCGAAAUAUCGUGUGACUGUCAUGGAACGAUCAAACAAUAUCGGAUUUUUUUUACAAACGAUAUGACACACGAUCUAUAACAGAUUAAAUGUUUAACUAGAAAAAAGGCCGCAAGUUUACAACUCGCAGUCAUUAUAUAUUUUU